UCAAAACUACAUGUAUUAAUGACGCUUUGAACAUUUAUUAAUAUGUAAGUAUAAACGUGCAAAAAUGGCAACAAUUAGCCGGAAAGGACCUAAACGAACGGAAUUUGAAAUAAUGGAUACAACAUUCAGUCCAACUGGAAAAGAAACACUUGAACCAAAAGAGAGUCAGUUCAAUAUUACGAGUAAUAAUCACAAUAUGAAUAACGCAGACAAAGCUAAAUCAGGGGAUAUUUCAAUGUUGAACACUAGAAAUCCAACACCAUCUAGCGAAACAAUAACUCCUGAGCGGAUCCGCCCAGUCGACUGUGAUGCUUGUCAUUUAACUAAGGAUGUAGACACGGUAAUGUUUUGCAAGAAAUGCAAACAGAAGCUAUGUGAUUCUUGUCUGGAAAUUCAUAAUCGCAUUGGAGGGACCAGGACUCACUGUAAAUCAAUUGAAAAAUGUUGGCCAGAGGGAGAAAUUCUUAACAAGUCGGUUAUAAAUAGACUCAUGCAAGAGCGAGAAGUAGAUAUAGAACAAUUAUCUACAGACCUAUCCAACGAGCUUGGUUUGCAAGUGAGUCUCUUAUAUGAUACAGAUAAUCUUGAAAUACGGGCACCGUCUGGUGACGUUCUUGAACUGGCUAUUGACACAGUAAUCGCGGGUACAAAACCAGUCACGAAAAGAGUCAGUUAUGGUUUGAUAGAGUGGACGCUUCAAGGUUUUCAUGCCAUAUGCUAUAACAAAACUACUUAAAAGGCAACUUGAAACUUUGAUUGACACAUAUGACUUGAGCGUCUUGAAAAAACAUAAUUCUGAAACAGCAGUGCAGCCAGUUACAUCUCUCGAGAAGAAGUGACAAGUCUAAUUUUGAUAAAAAAUACAGCUUCCGAAGUAGAACCGCAUUUUGGUUUCAACGCAAACAUAGAAUUAACUAUAGCAUCAAGUUUUGACAACUAUUAUGCCGUUAAUUGUGAAAUCGAGGGAUUUAAAGACGAGGUGGAAACCCUUAGAAAAGCUGAAGUAUUUCGACCGAAACAUGAUGAAUUCCGAAUGAAGCUGUAUGUACUAAUGAAAGAAAAUAAUGAUGACGUAUUAUGUCACAUGGAAAAGACAGACAGCGUUUUGAAGCUUGUAAUACAAGGGACUGACGACAAAACUGUGAACAACGUGAAACAGGAAUUCCUCAGUUUGUUCUGUAAAGAAUGUUCAUCGUGUAAAAGAGAUUCAACACGACCAAUCUUUCUAGAAUGUAAGCAUGUACUAUGUCAACAUUGCGUAACAAAAUCAGCUUCACGAAAUGACGGAUUACGAUGCCCAAUAUGUUCAGACACAACCAGGGAGAAAACGCCGGUAACUUCGUUAAAACUACGGUGUAUGCAAGUUAUAGAUAGUCAUCUGAUGGAAAAUACACAAACCAGCACAAGUAGACCAUUCGGUAUUGUCAGAAAACAGAGCUCUCUCAGAAUACCUCAUGUAUCGGUGAAGAUUCCAAAGUACCUGCUACAGAAAUGGAAGAAACUGACCGGAGGGAAAUCUCGCCUGAAGAGCGUGAUCGAAAACACAUAUGGAUUAAAAGUAGCUGGCGUUGAUGAUAACAUGAAGAUAUACGGUCAACAACAAGAAAUUCUCGAUUUGGCUGUACAAAGCCUUGAGAAACUGAACGAGAAGACGCCCGACAUUGGAAUUACACAAAGACUCGUUGAGAAAAAUGUGGAAUGGAGACUUAGAGGAGAACAUGCAAGAAUUGCUUACUUUUUAUUCAACAAGGAGUUGUAUGAUUUAAGGAGGAAGUUUAAAACAGUAACAAUACGUGCGUUCACCGAGUCAGAACCGAUGAUCGUCGACGUCAGGUGUGGAUAUGAGGAAUUUCUAAAAGUCAAGUAUGAAAUGGAAGAGCUGGAAAAUGAUAUAAAGAACCUUCACACUGACGAAUAUGUACAACCAAAGAAUUUUUACCAUAAUGUUAAGAUAAAAGAGUACUUGCACAGUAAACGUAGAGAUGAACAGGUUCAUUGCAAUCUAGUUGACAAGAAUAACGUGAAUGCAGUCGUAUUCCGUGGGCGGAAAAAAGAAUUUAUCGUAGCUGCAAAGGAGCAGCUAAUGAAGUGGUGACAACCCCGUACAAAUGAAGAGAGAGAAAAACAUACAAAAAUGCAUCUGUAAACCUCAAAUAAGUCAUAAUUGGGCUAUUUUUACAUUUCCUGAUAAACAUCGAAUACAUAGGUAUUAAUCAUUUACCGUUCUUUGUCUGAGUUUGCCCUAAAAUGUAUGCAGUUCUUGACAAAUGUUAGUGUGAAAAUGUUUUCAUCUAUAUAUCAUAACAUGGUAAGAAAAAACACCUUCGUGUGAUAAUCACCAACUUUAUUGAAAUUAUAACCAUUCCCAAUGGCAAACUCAAAUAAUUUUUGUGGCAAUGGUUCCGAUAUUUUCAAUAGCAACUUCGACAACAUCCCCAAUCUGGAAAUAAAAUAUGAAAAAGUGAAUGAUUCCAAAACGUGUACAUUGCUAUAAUAUACAUAUAUUAGCUUAAAGACCACUUAGCAGUGAGUCGAUAGACUGUAACUUAAAUUAGAAUUUGUGAAUUUUUUUUCAACACAGUUAAAAUGGUAAAUCGGUGAUUCUGAUGGUGUUCUGCAAUAACCAACACCUGGUGGGAAGUCAGUUAAAAACAAAUCUCCCGGUUUCAGCGUUAUAAACCUUAAAGAUAACCACAUUCUUUGUAUCAAUAUAA